AUGGCACUAAGGGAAGCAUCUAGGGGCAGCUUGACCAGAACAGCAACUGCUCUACUGCAGCCAUCUCGACCACACUUCUACUCUAGACUACCAACCACUGCAUCAACAUGCCUCAAUAGUACCGUGUUCCCAAGCAGGCAAAUCCUACAGCCGCUUUCAAGAAGAAGCGCCUCUACAUCUCCCUUCCCCUCCGCCUCCACCUCGGCUGCCCCGUCCUCCUACUUCCAACGGCCCUCCCUCCCUGCCAACACCAUAAUCCGCUUCGUGCCCCAACAAACUGCGUUCAUAGUCGAGCGUAUGGGGAAGUUCAAACGGAUUCUUAACCCCGGCGUCGCCUUCCUCAUACCUAUAGUCGACCGCAUCGCCUACGUGAAAUCUCUAAAAGAGUCUGCUAUGGAAAUACCGCAACAAAGUGCAAUUACGGCGGACAAUGUGACGCUGGAACUGGACGGGGUGCUGUACACGAGGGUAGUUGACGCAUAUAAGGCUAGUUACGGGGUGGAGGACGCUGAUUAUGCUAUCAGCCAGUUGGCGCAGACUACGAUGCGUAGCGAAAUCGGUCGCCUCACCCUGGACCAUGUCCUCCGCGAACGAGCUGCCCUGAACACCAAUAUCACGGAAGCAAUCAAUGAAGCGGCAAGGGAUUGGGGCGUCGUCUGCCUACGGUACGAAAUCAGAGACAUCCACGCCCCAGAUCCAGUCGUGAAGGCCAUGCACAGACAAGUCACUGCGGAACGAAGCAAGAGGGCCGAGAUUCUGGAGAGUGAAGGACAGAGACAAAGCGCCAUCAAUAUCGCCGAAGGAAGGAAACAGAGCGUCAUUCUUGCCUCCGAGGCAUUGAAGAGCGAACAGAUCAACAUGGCGACCGGAGAGGCAGAGGCCAUACUAGUCAGAGCGAACGCUACAGCAAGAGGCAUCGACGCCGUAGCCGGCAGUUUGAAUCAAGGCCAAGAAGCCGCUCGCGGAGCAGUAAGUCUGAGCGUAGCGGAGAAAUACGUCGAGGCUUUCGGGCGCCUGGCGAAAGAGGGCACGGCGGUCGUGGUGCCGGGCAAUGUAGGGGACAUGGGCGGCAUGAUAGCGAGUGCGAUGGCUGUGUAUGGGAAGAUUAGCGAAGGGCAGGCGAAGAGUAUGGCCAAGGGGAUGAUUCAGGCGCCUGAAAGUCCAGAAUCUACAGCCAAAAGUGCAGCGGAUGCGACUGUGGAUGCAGCGAUGGGGAAGACGGAUGAGGUGGCGAAGAGUGUGCUGCAGGGGUUUGAGGAUACGAGGUGGAAGCGAUAG